CAACAUAUGACAUUUUUCAUUUUUAUCCUUUAAUUUUCUAUUGGAUAUUUCUCACGACGCCACUUGAAUUGCACACACGCUUAAGGUUGUAGAUUCUAAAAAAAAUGUAUAAUCUGCAGGUGCUAAGUAUGCACAGGCUGUCUGACACGCGCCUUCAUGCCUUAAGUGGGCCGAAGGUGCGAGUGACGCGAGGCGACGGGUCGCUAAGUGCGUGUCCCGCUGCAGACGCUGCGAAUAAAGUUUCUAGGAUUGAAUCAUCCUUCAGCACAACAAAGAUGGAACUGGGAAGGCCGUAAUCUUCUCUCCCACCACUGUAACGAAUACAGAAGACAUGUCAUCCAAGAAAUUCCCCGCGUUGCCCGCACUUUAACUUUCUGCACAUUGGGCGAUGAUGGACGCAGCCGCCUUCCACGACGAGCCCGUCGAGCGGAGGAAGGUCAGCAUUGUGGGCUCGGAGCUGGUGGACAACUAUACCGUGUACAUCAUUGAGGUUAUGGCGGGCUGUCAUCAGUGGACUAUAAAACAUCGUUACAGUGAUUUUCAUGACCUACAUGAAAAGCUGACAGCAGAAAAGAAAAUCGACAAAAACUUGCUACCGCCGAAGAAAAUGAUUGGCAAAAAUUCCAGAAGCUUGGUUGAAAAAAGACAGAAGGAUCUGGAAAUCUACCUUGAGACCCUGCUAGUGAAAUUCCCUGUGGCGGCGCCCAAAGUCUUAUCUUGUUUUCUGCAUUUCCACUUAUAUGAAAUAAACGGCAUCACAGCUGCAUUGGCUGAGGAGCUCUAUAACAGAGGUGAACAGCUCCUGUUGGCAGGCGAGGUGUUUCUACUGCGCCCCCUACAGCUCUACGCUGUCACCCAGCAGCUGCGACUUGCCAAGCCCACGUGCGCCAACGGCGAUGCCAGGGCUGACCUUGGGCACAUACUAGACUUCACCUGUCGACUGAAAUAUCUGAAGAUCAGUGAGGACUCCAGACUCUCCGCGGGUGGAUCCCCUUCGUCUUCCACCUCCUCCUCGUCCUUUCUUGCUGCCCCGCCCCCCUCUCCCCCUCGGCCCCCCCCGGCCAGCUCCAGCCAAGAAUUAAUUUUUAAAGAAGAAAUGGUAGUUACCAAUCAAAUACUGACUCCUGUGGAUUCAUCAAAUACCCAGCAAUGCAAAUUUAUAGAAAACUCUUCUUGUGAGGAAACACUACAGAUUACACGCCCACUUCCUUCCUGCUUUUCAGUUGAAAUUGUCAGUGAUCAGCAGAUUAGCUGCUGCCGCUGUGCGGAGGACCGGGCCGGCUGGGUGGGCGGGGCCAGCGCGCUGGUGCUCCCCUUCUGCCUCGUCUCCUACGCCGCCGACAACCUGGAGUUCACGGUGGAGUUGUCAUCCCUCGUGGUGAAGGCGGCACAGGAGCUGGGGGGGAAGGAGCCCCUGGAGAGGAGUGAGAGGAGUGGGGAAGAGGCGGAGCCCGUGGGCUCCUUCUCUGGGGACGGCUAUUUCGAGGUGGGCCUGGGCCGGCACGAGGAUGGGCUCGGGGGCCCCAGUGUGUCUGAGGAACCGGCGCAGGAAGCCAUCCGCAUCAACAAGGUGAUCUGGGCUCACGGCAUCCGGGUCGGCCAGAGAGACAGGCAGCUGAUGGCCUGCGUCGUCUUGGCGGACCCCUGGCUGGUAGUGCUCCGGGCUCGGUACCGUGAGCAGCCCUGGAACAUUCCGGACCUGGUGGCCGGCCUGGUGGUGGAGCUGCUCGCGCCCUGCACUGACAUCGAGGAGCUCCGCUUCGAAGUACCGGAGGUGUGCCUGUCGCUGAGAAUACGGGGCAAUGAUGGAGUCCUCUACCUCUUAUCCGACGCCCACAGUCUGAGGGACAUGCAUUCUCUGCUUUCUGCACUGGCAUCAAGUUGCCCCUCCGAGCCACCAGGGGGCGCUGUCACACAGCAGAGCCUCAUUCGGCAGCUCCUGAACUCAUGGGAGUAUGAGGAGAAGGACUGUACAGUCAAAGGGGCCUUCCUCGCUCACCUCACGCCCCCUGCAGCGGAGGCACCCGACUCCUCUUGGUUCCUCAGCCCCCCAUAUUCAGACAUUCUGUCAGAUGCGUGGCCCCCAGAUGCGGACGGCCCCUCGGGCUCCAUGCCUCUCAUUCUCUUCCUCACCCCCCGUCACCUCUGCAUUCUCAAGGUAGAUUUCCUCUCCCUUGCCAAGGGCCCCAUUACCGCCUGCCCCCCACGCUCCUCCAUGAGGCUGAUUCGCCUCCCGCUGGCCUCCGUGCUCCUGCACCCCCAGCAGAGCUGCUGCGGCUCCCAGGACAGCCACGCGCUGGAGCUCAUGGUGGGCCCGGAGCCCGUCACCGCCGUCUUCCUCCUGCCCCACGACAAGUUCGUCUUCCUGCGGCAGUUUGGACAGCUUCGUGCCAGCUUGAGGGACAUCAAGACUGUCGCCUUCCUGCAAGCGGCCUCCUGCCACAGGACUGGUGCCGGUCAGCAGGCGCCCUCCACGUGGACCAAGAGAGUGCCAGUGAACAGCGUCCCCCCAGGUGUGCAGAGGCCCCGGCUAACCCUGUCCCUGCUGUACCCUGACGGCUCCCUCAUCCAGAAGCUCUCCGAGGAGAACCGGUGCCCGUCUCACCUGGUCCUCUCCCCGGCCCUCUGCUUCCUGGCUGGCCUGCGGGGGGAGCAGCUGCUCGAGUUCUUCUACACCAGUGUGGCUGAGGUAGAGAACGAGGAGCUGAAGCACAUCCUGUGGUCGUCCGUGCUGUUCUACAAGAUCCCCGACGUGGAGACGACGGCCUGCAUCCUGCUCUCCACCAAGGCGGUCUACUUCAUCCUGGACGACAGCGCAGCCGUGCUCAGCAACGAGGCAGCGUUAUGGAACUGGCGCCCCCCAGAGGACAAGGAAAGCGGCUUCAUCAUCUCCUACUGCCUGUCCAUGAAGCUGAAGGACCUGCAGAGUGUCAACGUGGGCCUCUUCGACCAAUACUUCCGGGUGGUCGGGCCGUCAGCCGACCACAUCGUCUCCUGCCUGACGAGGGAUGGCUACAGCACGCACCGCUUCCUGCAGCAGCUCAUGACCGUGCUCUCCUUGCUGGAGAAGGUGCCCUCGCCUGAACCCUCCGAGCUGGACUUCUACACCCAGUUUGGCAAGAAGAACACAGGCAAAAUGGAGAAUUAUGAGCUGGUGCACUCGAGUAAAGUGAAGUUCGUGUAUCCCAGCGAAGAGGAGAUUGGGGACCUCACCUUCAUCGUGGCAGGCAGGAAGGGGGCCCCUGGACACUCGCUGGCCUUCAACAUCCUGCUGUACGUGCUGGCAUUCCAGGUGAACGGGCCCGGCCCAGCCUCUGAGGGGCCUCCGCACCUGCAGGCCAAGACGCUUGUCCUCACCAGCACCGACGUCUUCCUCCUGGACGAAGACUACGUCAGCUACCCGCUCCCCGAGUUCGCCAAGGAACCACCACAGCGGGACAAGUACCAGCUGACAGAUGCGCGGCGCAUCCGGGACCUGGACCGGGUGCUGAUGGGGUACCAGCCAUACCCUCAGGCACUGACACUGGUGUUCGACGACGUCCCCGGUCCGGAUCUUCUCUGCCACCUCACCAUGGACCACUUCGCCGAGGAGGAGGCUGGCGCCGCCAGGCGGUCGCAGUACCCCGGCGUGGACGAGAACGAGGUGCAGUGGUGCGUGUUCGUGCCCGGCACUGACAGCCGUGAGCGGUUAAUCUCGCUUCUGGCCCGCCAGUGGGAGGCGCUGUGCAGCAGGGAGCUGCCGCUCGAGUUGACCGGCUGAGAGAGGAGGUUCACAUUCCAUAAAAAGGGAAAAUAUCCCCAAAGAUUUUUCACUAACCCUCAUUCUUAUUUAUGAUUUUUUUUGUACUGUCUCCUCACAAAGCAUUCUGGGAAGUUGAGUCCACAAGAGUUAGAUAUUUAUUGUUUUUUAAUUAUUAUUAUAAUUAUAAUUUUUUGGUCUUCUUGAUUAGCUUGUCCCCUUUGCUGCUUCAAACCUGUGUUAUGUCGCUGCUAUGUACAAUCUGCAAUAUGUAAAUUAUUGAAAAAAAGCAUGUUUGUCCAUGUAAUCUAGACUUUCUAUUAAAAGAAACUGUAUUUUAUUCUAAGUAUUAGGUUUAUCAGAGUUUAUGAUGAAAGGUUGACCUCUUCAACCUUUUAAAUUUUUUUUAAGAAAAGACAAAUGUAUGUUAAAGGUUAGGAGGCGUAGUGACUGAAAGGUGUGUGUUUUACUGACGAGUGUGUGCAUUUAAAAUGGAAGAGGAUGUCGAGGUGAAACUGAAAGACUCACUUCCUAUGUUUACAUAAUAAUCGCAUGUUAACACCUUCCAGGUCAAUGUUUUCGAAUACAGCGUUUUUGGCUCAGUGCAUUGAUUGGGAUUUAAACAUGCUUUUUUUUAAAAAACAAUAAUUAUUAUUAUUGGCAUUUAAAGUCUAAUAAACAGAGAUGAGUAUCUAUGAAACACAAAAUAAAGACAUGCAUUGCAUCCCCUC